AUGCAACCUUCGUCCAGACGGGCCCCCCAAGAAGAUUGGGGCGGUUUUUUGGACGAGAUCGCUCGGUUGAAUCAAUCUCCUCCUAAUCAAUCCUCUGUAACGAGUGAUAAUGCCAAAGAAGACUCUCCCUCAAGCAAUUCCAAAGUUUCAGUCGAUUCUAAUCCCCCCUCCGAAGGAGAAAGCGUGAUUCGUCCCAUUCUUGGACGUGGUGACGGAGGAAAAAAAGCGGACUCCAUCCCACUGAAAGAUAUUUUAAAAUCUAAGUUGGUCGAGACCGAUGAAAUUGACAUUGAAGUUCUGCGUUCUGAUCCGAACAAUCCUUUACAUUCGGCCAAAUCCUUUCAGGAGAUGAACUUAAAAGGACCACUUUUGCAAGGAAUCUCAGCCAUGGGUUUCUACAAACCGUCCGCCAUUCAAGAGAAGGCCCUAACUAGUAUAAUUGGCGCAAACCCCCAGAAUAUGAUUGCCCAGUCUCAGUCGGGCACCGGUAAAACAGCAACGUUCCUGAUGGCGAUGUUGUCACGUGUGAACCCCCAACACUCCUAUUGCCAAUGCUUGUGCAUGGCGCCGACACGGGAGUUGGCUCUUCAAAUCGUUCAAGUGGGACGCCGAAUGGCCACCUUUAUGGAGGGCGUGUCCUUUGGCGUUGCGGUGAGAGAAACGGAAGUGUCUGUUGGCGCCGAUGGCUAUGUCACCAAUCAGAUUGUUGUGGGCACUCCCGGUACAGUAGUACAAUGGGCACGCUGUACUGGCUCCGUCCGUUUCGACCCGUCUCGGUUGCAAGUAUUUGUGCUGGACGAGGCUGAUUUGAUGAUGGAAGAAGAGGGCUUUUUGAACAUUUCUCAGCGAAUUAAGAGAAAACUUUCUCCCAGUUGUCAGAUUCUUCUCUUCUCUGCCACAUACGGUGACGAUGUCGUCGAGUUUGCCCGGGAGUUUGUACCAAAUCCAAUAGAGAUCCGAGUGAAACGAACAGAGCUUUCACUCAAAAACAUCAAGCAGUACUAUCUUCUGUUUGACGACUGGACCGUGAAGUACCAGGCUUUGACGGAGAUACAUGCAGAUUUCGGCGCUGGACAGGCCAUCAUCUUCUGCGCGACUCGUCAGGAGGCCAGUUGGCUGCACGGACGAAUGAACCUGGAUGGGCAUCGUGUGGUUAUUUUAUCGGGCGAUUUAGAACUAUUCGAACGGCAACGAGUGCUUGAACAAUUCCGAAGUGCAGCCUAUCGUGUUUUAAUCACGACGAAUUUGUGCUCGCGUGGACUUGACAUACCUCAAGUUAAUCUGGUGAUCAAUUGGAACAUGCCUGUUACUCGAUCUGGCUCGGCCGAUUGUGAGACAUACUUGCACCGAAUCGGUCGUUCCGGUCGCUUUGGUAAAGAAGGCAUGGCUGUGAACUUCAUCACAACUGAAGAGAAGCAUCUCAUCGGUGAACUGGAAGCGCACUUUCGUGAGUUCCCAUCAUUUUGUCUCACUUGA